GAGCAAAACCCGAAAACAAGAAAAUAAAAAUCAAAGAACACAGAAAGAAAGGAAGAAGAGAAAAAUGAAGAGUGCGGUUUAUGGGAGAAUGAGUCUCUCUCCCAACCACGUUUUCAAACCAGGGGACGGAUAUUCUUUUUGUAAAGGACCAUGCUCCAGUCUUUGCAUACCCAUGGCUGUAUUGGCAACAGGACCUGGUAAAGGGGGAGGGGUGCUGGAAAAGCCAGUUAUUGAAAAAGAAAAAGUCACCCCUGGCCGUGAGUCUGAAUUUAAUUUGAAGAAAUCAUGGAAAUAUGCACCCCCAUAUCGUGUAAUAUUGCACAACGAUAACUACAAUAAACGGGAAUAUGUUGUCCAAGUACUGAUGAAGGUCAUCCCUGGAAUGACCCUUGAUAAUGCAGUUAAUAUCAUGCAAGAAGCACACUACAAUGGAUUGUCAGUGGUGAUCAUCUGUGCCCAAGUUGAUGCUGAAGAUCAUUGCAUGCAGCUAAGAGGCAAUGGGUUGCACAGUUCAAUUGAACCUGCAGAUGGUGGUUGCUGAUGACAAAUUCCAGUUUAAAUCUCUCUGGCUUUUAUGCUAUUGAAAGGCCAAAUUGGAGAUUUUAGCACGUGUACAUAACUUGAAAUCUUAGAGAAACCAGAAAAGAAAGAAAGACUUAUCUUGUGUAAAACCUGGGCCAAAUGUGAUAGUUGUGAUUUUGAAUAAAGAAUUGCACAACAUAUGAAAACUAAUAGUUGAUGAAAUGAUCGGUAUAUAUGUG